UCUGCUUCUGCAUGACGUGCAUGACCACGAGAAAAACCCUGCUUUAUCACCUUGAGACCAAAAUUUGGCAAGAACUCUUGGAGGCAACCAUGCAACGUUAGAUUUUUGUGUGACCACCACCGACCCCCAUGAUUAAGCACAUCAAUCAAUCAAACCAGGAGCAUUAUGCAUCAUUUUAAUAUUUUAGACCCAGACACAAUUCUUGCAAUGCAUACGGGCCUGCUGGAAACCGAAGAUCCCGCGACGAACAAAAUUGCUCCGGCUGAAGAUGCAGCGGUAGUAUCCUGUGCAAAAGUAAUAUGAUCGUACUCGUAGUAAUUGCAGUCAUGCAUUACAAAUCUCGUUCCCAAGGCAAAUAAGCAUGACAAAUUCCAGUUGUCGCGCUGAGCAAAUUUGUAAUGCAAUUAUUAUGACUAGUACGGUAGUACUUUUGCAAUUCACAUGCCGCGGCUGCAGCGCCCACGACAACUACGCGGAAGAGAAACCUUAUGGAACUGUCAGGACUGAAAUUGACAAAGUUGAAAUAAUUUGUAAUGCAGAAAAUGCAUGACGCGAGGUACGUGUGUUGCAGAGCAGGCAAGUGAGGCCGAUUGUAAGCCUGUUUGGGGUUAGGGCUCGAGAUGCUAAGGUAGCGUGAGAGAAUCAGUCUUCUUUGCCUAAACAGCACGACAAACUGGAUUUUAGGACCGCCAAAAUUUGUCAUGCGCUACUUGGAAACUGGGUUCCAACUGGCAUCCAUUUUAUGCAUGACAAAUUAUUUCAACUUUGUCAAUUUCAAACCUGACGCUUCCAUAAACCUGAAAUUCCUCGAGCGCGUGGCGCCGCAAGAAAAGAAGACGGCGGAGAAGGAUAUCCCAAGGAAAAACGUCCUCAACUACUUCAAGUUUAUUGGGUUGUCGAGCAUGACAAGUUCUAGUACGUGCUAUUGACUUUCGGCUCGUAGUGGUCUAAUAAUCCUCUUGCUUCAGCUAGUAGUCGUGCAAUCGCAGUAAAAAGUGACUACCUUAACCUUACUCUGAUUGUUCUAGCAUGACAAAGAACUACUCCACCUCCCAGACUGGAUUUUUAGAAAUAAAUGGCUUUCAUGCAGCUGGGACUGCGCAUCAGAAACGUUUUAAUUAUGCUUGCGGGUUUACAACGUGACGAGAACCCUGGGGAGGUGGGGACAUUUUUACUCAGGAUUCCAGCGGAAGCGGAAGGACAAGAAAACGAGGGGAGCCAGAGCCAGGAGCAGCCCGCCAAGUAUGGAUUGCAAAAAUGUCUGGGUCUGGAAGAUUGCUAGGUUUGUCAUGCACGUUUUGCGUGACGCGUGAGUGUCUGUGAUGCAUGACCUAGCAUCACAGACAACUUUUAGAGGCUCUCCUAAAUCAGGAUGAGAAAUGCUCUCUCCGUCUAACACAAAGAAAUGGACUCGCUCUUCUUGUUGGUCAUGCAAUACAGAUUCUUUUGGAAUUCAAAGACAGCAUUACAAGUUGCAACCUUGUUCCCGACCCAGACACUUUUGCAAUGCAUACCAAGCCGGCGAAAACAACGGAGCGAAAGUUCCUGGCCCCCCGAGGUGAGGAAUAGACGUGGAAAGGGGGGGAAGAUUUUUUUUCAUGGCAGGUGGACACGCCUGCUCUUUUUUUUUUUCCAUUUUUUUUUUUUGCUUCGUGGCGCUUGCUAGGGUGUUCCUUCGGGGAUCCUUCCGCCGUGAUCCUGUAGUGGCUUUUCGGACGAGAUCCACCGUGAUGCGACGGCCUAGAAGCUCGCAGAACGAAGAACGACAGAAAUGCGCGCAAGCGGCCUUGCGGGGGGCCAUUUCUUACCAUAGCGCGCGACCUAUUUAUUCUUUAUUCCUGGCGGAACGCGACCACAGCACCCGACGGAUGGCGCCACGAAGCGUUUUUUUUUUUUUAUUUUUUCACCACCGUUUUUGA